AUGACCAAGAAGAGAAGCUGGAGAAAUGAGGAAACUGUGUUGUUAACUGAAGAAUGCAGUGCCAUCAUUCAGCACAAAUUGCCUCAGAAAUUGAAGGAUCCAGGCAGUUUCCAAAUCCCCUGCAUCAUAGGAGAAGUCAUGGUGGAGAAGGCCUUGUGUGACUUAGGGGCCAGUAUCAAUUUGAUGUCUCUAACAAUGAUGAGAAGAAUGAAGAUUGAGGAAGCCAAACCAACAAGAAUGGCCCUCCAACUGGCAGAUCGAACUUUUAAAUUCCCUCAUGGGAUUGUUGAGGAUUUGUUGGUGAAAGUGGGAGAUUUUAUAUUUCCUGCCGAUUUUGUGGUGUUAGAUAUGGAGGAAGAAGCCAAAGCUUCGAUAAUACUGGGAAGACCCUUUCUGGCUACUGCUGGAGCCAUCAUAGAUGUCCAAAAAGGUGAACUCACUCUUAGACUACAUGAUGAGCAAUUGGUGUUUAACGUAUUCAAGGCAAUGAGCUAUCCAUCAGAAUCACUAAAGGAAUGCAUGAGGGUGGAUGUAGUGGACAUUGCAAUACAAGAAACCUUUGAGGAAACAACAAAAGGAAGUGGCAAAGGAGGAGUUCACCAAGGAUAUUGA